CCUGGUUACGCUGAGGCACGUGUGCAGUCCCGGAAGCGGCUCCGGGAAGCUGCCUAGCUCGCGCAGCCGGAGGAAGCGCAGCCGGGUCCGCUCGGGUCGGGUCCGGCUGGGCCAUGGAGCCGUUACCUGAGCCCGCGUCCCGGCCCCGGCCCGGGCCCAGGGCCCGCCGUCUUCUGCUUCUCCCCUUGCUACUGCUGCUGCUGCUACUUCUGGCGGCCCCGGAACUGGGCCCGAGGCAGGCCCGAGCAGAGGAGACCGACUGGGUUCGACUGCCCAGCAAAUGCGAAGUGUGUAAAUACGUCGCAGUGGAGCUGAAGUCAGCCUUUGAGGAAACUGGCAAGACCAAGGAAGUGAUUGACAUGGGCUAUGGCAUCCUGGACCGGAAGACCUCAGGAGUCAAAUACACCAAGUCGGACUUACGGUUAAUCGAAGUCACUGAGACCAUUUGCAAGCGGCUCCUGGACUACAGCCUACACAAGGAGAGGACCGGCAGCAACCGAUUUGCCAAGGGCAUGUCGGAGACCUUUGAGACGCUACACAACCUGGUGCACAAAGGGGUCAAGGUGGUGAUGGACAUCCCCUACGAGCUGUGGAACGAGACCUCUGCAGAGGUGGCUGACCUCAAGAAGCAGUGCGACGUGCUGGUGGAGGAGUUUGAGGAGGUGAUCGAGGACUGGUACAGGAACCACCAGGAAGAGGACCUGACUCAGUUCCUCUGUGCCAAUCACGUGCUGAAGGGCAAGGAUACCAGCUGCCUGGCAGAGCGGUGGUCUGGCAAGAAGGGGGACACAGCCGCCCUGGGGGGGAAGAAAUCCAAGAAGAAGAGUGGCAGGACCAAGGCCUCGGGUGGCAGCAGCGGUGGCAGCAAACAGAGGAAGGAGCUGGGUGGCCUCGAGGGAGACCCCAGCCCCGAGGAGGACGAGGGCAUCCAGAAGGCUUCCCCCCUCACCCGCGGCGCCCCCGAGGAGCUCUGAGCCUAACUCCGCUCUCCUGCUGACCCAGAGCCCUGACCUGGGAGCUGGAGGAUCUGGGCCCCGGCUCUGGCAGACAGCGGCACCGGGCUUCAGCUGUGCCUGCCUGGGCUGCGCCUCUUCUGCCGCAGACAGACUCCAGCCCUGGAAGAACUCAGAUCAGCUGCGGGCAGCCCAGGCCGGCCUUUUCCCUCUGCCCAGCGUUACUCUCCUGACCCAGACUUCAGGCGGGCUCUGCGCUCUGAGGACUGCCCAGGACUCCAGUGUGAACUCGGACAGGCAGGUGUCGAGCUGGGCCCCAGGACUGGGGCUCCAGAGCCCCGCACCCCCUCGCUUCUCCGGCACUGACACCGGGAAGCAAGACUGAGGCCCCAGCUCCUCCUCUCUGCACCCACCCCUCCUGUGGACACCUUGCACUCUGCCCAGCCCUCCCCAGGGCUCACAGAGUAAAAACCUUUCGGCCUUUUUCGUUUGGAUUUCUGAGUCCUUUUCAGCCCCUCAGAGGGGCCUGGAGCCCCCUGUGGCUCUUUCCUGUCCCUCACCUUCCAGCCUUGGGGGCUGAGGAUGGGCGGCUGUUCCCAUCCUCCCAUCCCUGAGGCCGAACCUGCUGACUGUGGGGAAAGCAAGUGCAGGGAGGGCCCGGGGGCGCUGGGGCGAGGGGUGGGCCUUGGGUAUGCGGUAGGGCCCCUCAGCUGCUCUUGGUCUCCCCGAGCCCCCUAGGCUGGGAGGGGCCUCACUUGUGCCCUGGUACCUGGCUGCCCUCAUUCCUUCCCUCCCUCCCGCCUCUCCUCUCCCCGCCACCAAGGCCUUCCCGUUGGUUGUGUAAAGUGUACGCCAGUGACCCCACCAGCUCCCGCCCCUCGUCUCCACCUCCGCCUGGCCCCGCCUGUUGGUCUUGAACCUUGUUCCCUGAUGACCACACCUGACCACUCCAUGCCUCCUAGCUGUUGUGCCCGGAGCCCGCAGGGGAGGGAGGACACCCCAGUCCCCCCAAAACAGCUGGUUGCACCAUGUUCUCUGGGAGUAAGGGAGAAACAGGAAGGCUGGCCUCUGGGGAGAAGGGAUGGGAGGCUCCAGCACCUCCUUGUCUGUCCUGAAGGCAGAGAUCUGUGGUGGGUCAGAAGCAAUAGUGGUGACAGCUGCGAGUAGUCAGUGCUAUAACCCUGCAGUGCACUCGGGUGGGCGCUGUUAGCUCCAUUUUGUAGAAGAGGGAACUGAGGCUCAAGUCACAGGACGCGCCCAAAGUCCUGUUGGCAGUGGCACAGCUGCACGCGGACCCUGGCUUUGAGACCCCAGCCCACUGUAUUCCCGCAGCCCCAGGGCCCCGCUCCCAACACCUGGCACUGGCCAUGUGAUUCGCAUUGAACUGGUUUGGUUUCUUGCCCGUAACCCAUGCCCACCAACAAGUCUCUUUUAGAAGGAAAAUAGGACGCAGCCCCUGCUUCUAGAAAGGAGAGAAGAGUGGAAGGUCCCGCCAGCACUGCGCCCACACCACAUCCCCUGAGCACCCGCACCCAGGCUCCCUCACGCUCCAGGCUGGGCCCAGCAGGUAGAAGGGGUCACUGCUGAGGUGCCCCAGGAGGAUUUUCCCAGCUUCUGGCAAAAAGGCUCUGGGGUCCCCCCAACUCGGGCUCAGCCCCUCCCCACUCCCCAGGGCUGGGAACACCAAGGCCAUAGAGAGUGGAGCAAAUUGGAAGCUGCUUCUCUGGCCCAUGAGGCUUAGAACAGGCCCUUGGAGGAUGAUACUUUUUGGUCUAGCACCCCCCUCCCCAUCUCCAGCGCUGAUACUGGUGCCUGUUGAAGGGGCUGUGGGCAGAGAUUCCAGCCUAGACUGUGGUCCCAUCCUGGACUCUGGUCUGAGCAUAGGAGGUGACUGCGGGGGUCUGGGAUUGGAACCCAGGGCUGGGGAACCAUUUGCAGGCCCCUGGACUGUCUAGGAUUUGGUGGACAGUCUCUGACCACCCCCAUCCUGUCACUAACCCACAGCACUUCAGUACUUGGCUUAGGUCUGUCCCCAGAGCUUCAUUGUCCUUAGAAUAGGAUGAGACAAAGACCUAUCCCCUUACUGGGGUGUUGGCCCAGGGGCCCAAUCCCAGGCCUAGGCCCAGACCAGAGGGAGGGCAGCGCUGCGACUGCUUUGCUCUUUGACCUGUGGCUGCUGCAGGAUGAGUGCCCUCACUUGCCCCCCAUUCCCUACAAGGCCAGGCGUGUUGCACACUCACUGGCUCUCCACGCACCCACCCCAGCAGGCAGCUUCUCCCUGGCCCAGCCUAGAAAAGAAAGAAGGCAGGAUCUGGCUUCCCAGGUUUUUCUUUUCCUCUCCCCACCACACACACAAGCCUUUCUGAACUGGAUACUGCCUCCCACUUUCCCAUAAGGUGAGGGGUCUGGCUGAGCUCGAGUGAACCUGAUUUCAGUCCCUUUGUUAGAAACCCAAUUAGAACGGGGUCUCCUACCCUCACCUGGACAUGAGAGUCACUUGGAUGCUUGUUAAACAUACAGAUGGGCCCCCCCUCAUACUUGCUGGGUUGGGGAGUCUGUGUGGGUCCUAAGAUGAGGCCAGCUGCAACCCACUCCACCAGGAGAAAUUCGGGUGUUGUGCUAAGAGGGGCCAAGACCUCAGUGAAGCCACACUGGAAGGAAGUCUUGUCCUCAGAAACAGGAAUUAUCAGAACCCCAGAGAGGAUCUGUCUCUCUGUUGGAGACUUUUGUCAUCCAGAACCACAAAGGCUGAUGGACAAAGCACAAGGCCAGUUUGUUCCAGUUCAAUGACAGUCAAGUCUCAGGGGUUGGGGUUCUGUAGUCUCAGAAGUGGCUGCAUCGGGGCCUCUGUGUAUUCGUUUUAAGGAACAGCUCCUAGGAGGCAGGCUCCUCUCUUUAUUUCCAAGUUCCUGGGUGGUAUUUUCAUGCAACAUCUUUUCGCAAGUUAGAAAGUGGUGCUUUUCACACCUUUGACUCCCCAUCUGUCAGAAAGUUGUUUUAAUAAAAGUUUUGUUAGAAUAAGA